AUGGGGCUACGCCGGGACAGGAGCAGGGGGCUGGGGCAGGGGGCUGGUGGAGGAGACCCAGGUGACCCCUGUCCUUCCUGGGUGCUGGCCCAGAUGAGGAGGGACCACCUGGGCUCGGACCCGGGUUAUGUCCAGGUCCCUUCUGGAUCUGAGUCAGCAUCUGAAUCGGCUUCGGCCCAGACUUCGGCCCAGACGGACAUGGUGGAAGCGGUGAAGCAGCACAUCCUCAACAUGCUCCACCUCAGCGCAAGGCCCAACGUCACACACCCGGUGCCGCGCGCCGCCCUGCUCAACGCGAUCAAGAAACUGCAUGUGGGCCGCGUGGGCAAGGACGGCAGCGUGGAGAUCCAGGAGGAGAGUCCGGGGGGCCGCGAGGGGGCGGCGCCGCCCGAACCGCCCUCCGAGAUCAUCACCUUUGCCGAGCCAGGCGACACUCCAUCCGCCGUGACCUUUGACAUUUCCAAGGAGGGCAGUGAGCUCUCGGUGGUGGAGCAGGCCAACGUGUGGCUCUUCCUCAAGCUGGCCAAGGGGCAAGGGCGAGGCAAGGGCAAGGUGAACAUCCAGCUUCUGCAGCGCCGCCGACAGAAGACGAAAGCUCCAGGCUUUGCCUCCACCGAGACCCAGGGCGAGGAGGAGGAGUUGGUGUCUGAGAAGAUGGUUGACACGCGGCGCAGCGGCUGGCACACGCUCCCUGUGUCGCACAGCAUCCAGUCCCUGCUGGACGCCGGUGGCAGCGUCAUCGAUCUGCGAGUCUCCUGCCCGCAGUGCACCGAGGCGGGCGCCACACCCAUCUUGGUCCCCGCCGAGGGCGAGCAACCGGGACGGGAGCGGGAACAGUCCCACCGGCCGUUCCUCAUGGUCGUGCUGCGGCCCGGCGUGGAGGAACACGCUCACCGACGCGCCAAACGCGGCCUGGAGUGCGACGGCAAGAUGCGCGUGUGCUGCAAGCGGCAGUUCUACGUCAACUUCAAGGACAUCGGCUGGAACGACUGGAUCAUCGCGCCGCCGGGCUACCACGCCAACUACUGCGAGGGCGACUGCCCCAGCCACGUGGCCAGCAUCACGGGCUCCUCGCUGUCCUUCCACUCCACCGUCAUCAACCACUACCGCAUGCGGGGCUACGCGCCCUUCCAGAACAUCCAGUCGUGCUGCGUGCCCACGCGGCUACGCGCCAUGUCUAUGCUCUACUACAACGAGGAGCAGAAGAUCGUCAAGAAGGACAUCCAGAGCAUGAUCGUGGAUGAGUGCGGCUGCUCGUAAGAGCCAGCAAAAGAGAGCAAUAUAGACUCAUCCAUAGCAAGGAGGCACCGUUGGGACGAUGGGCCGUUUAUCCCUUCACACAAAAAAAUAAACAAUACCUUUUUUUUGGAGUCAUGUAAAAAUUUGUUGACUGACUGAUCUAUCUUUUUCAUCUGAUUAUCCCGACGGGGUAUUGUGAAGUCUCUGUGGCACUUUCAGAUAAAAAGAGAUACAGAAUAUAUUUUUGUUGAAUGGAGAGCAAGAGUGUUUAUUCCUGAUGUGAUUCCUGCUUCUCUGCACUGAACAUGGAACAGUUCCCGAAAAGGAAAACUAUGCAACUGAUUAGUAUUACCGGGAGUAGUCUUUUUUUAAAAUGUUUCUUUAUACAUUAUGGGUGUUUUGUUUUCAUUCUUAUUUUGUAUUCAAGGAAGACCUUUUGAUAAGUGUUGUUGUUGUUGUUGUUUUUGUGUUUCAGUCGUUUUGUUGUUGUUAUUGUUAUUGUUGAGAGAUACUUGAAAGAAGUAGGUUUGACCAGCUACUGGAGCCAAACACUUUAAUUAAUUAAUAACUUAAUGUUUUUUAUUAUUAUUAUUUCUGAACUAUUUUGGCUUUUUACAUUAAAAAUAACGAAAUGUUGAAAUUUGCACUAUUACCAACAUUCUUGCCAGUUUGAUCACAUUGACGGUAUCAGUGACUCUGUUUAUAGAGCACAAUACACCAGACAGAUGUAAACACAUAAACAACUACAGACAGUCGCUCAAUCAAAGUAACAUAUGAAGAGUUUCUUACCAAAACGCUAUCAAGGGAAUCCAUUUGCAGAAAAGUUGGUAAAUUAGCUUUUAUAGUUUAAAGAACUUAUUGAAAUUGGGUUGUUUUUUCCUAAUCAUGGCAUAGGGUUGUUCGAUGACAGACGUAUUUGUUUGAGAUCUAUCACUUGAUGGUUUAUUUCAGAGACAAAUAAUCAUGUUGUUUUUUUAGCAAAACGUAGUACUUUUAGGUUUUACACAGUCAA